GCUCAGCUAUUCUUGGUAGCUACGUAAUGCUAGCUCAUUUCUGUUGCCUGCAUCUUCCUCUCCAACCAAAGACUGCUAAACACAAGAAGCUGCAUUUACCCGGCUUAUAAUAAGUCUUUAGUCCUGUUUCUGUUAAUAGUUUAAGUAAUGUAGAAUGGCGUCGGGUUUUGGGAAGAUUGUCGUCGGUACUUAUGUGGAGAUAAAGCGCAGUGAUGGACGUAUACACCAGGCAAUGGUGACCUCACUGAAUGAGGACAACGAGAGCGUCACAGUGGAAUGGAUAGAAAAUGGAGACACAAAAGGGAAGGAGAUUGACUUGGAGAGCAUAUUUGCACUAAACCCAGAUGUGGCUCCAGAUGAGGAGAUUGCCCCUAGUCCAGAGACUCCACCCCCUCCUACUCCCACAUGUGUGAAGGUCAAUAAAAUUGCAAAGAAUCGUCGGACGAUAGCACCUACUAAGAAUGACACUCCGUCCAGGGAUAACAGAGUGAUUCCGACCCGCGCCAGACCCCAGCAGCCUCAGCAACCAGAGCCGGCACCACCGCCUCCAUCCCAGCAGCCUGCACAGCUCAACCAAGCUCAGACACAACAGCAACUGCAGAAUGAAUCCUCACAUCAUCUGAUAUCCAGAAAGGAGUCUGGACAGCUUUCGAGGAGGAAGUCAAACUGCGUGAAGGAGGUGGAGAAACUGCAGGAGAAGAGGGAGAGGCGUCGGCUUCAGCAGCAGGAGCUCAGGGAGAAGAGAGCUCAGGAGGUGGAUACCACCAUUCCUAACUAUGAGAUCAUGUACAUGAUCCGAGAUUUCCGAGCCAGUCUAGACUACCGGCCCCUGACCACAGCAGACUUAAUUGAAGAGCACAGAAUAUGUGUUUGUGUGAGGAAACGUCCACUCAACAAAAAAGAGUUGGCCAUGAAGGAUUUGGAUGUGAUCACCAUCCCCAGCAAGGACGUGGUGAUGGUUCAUGAACCUAAACAAAAAGUGGACCUGACCCGCUACCUGGAGAACCAGACCUUCCGCUUUGACUACGCCUUUGAUGACAGCACCACCAACGAGAUGGUUUACAGGUUCACUGCUAGACCUCUAGUGGAGACCAUUUUUGAGAGAGGAAUGGCCACCUGCUUUGCCUACGGGCAGACAGGCAGUGGAAAAACACAUACUAUGGGCGGAGAUUUUUCUGGGAAGAACCAAGACUGCUCUAAAGGAAUUUAUGCAUUAGCUGCUCGGGAUGUAUUUCUCAUGUUGAAGAAACCCAACUACAAGAAGUUAGAUCUACAAGUGUACGCAACCUUCUUUGAAAUCUACAGUGGAAAGGUGUUUGACCUGCUGAAUCGUAAAGCUAAGUUGAGGGUGCUGGAGGACGGAAAACAACAGGUGCAGGUUGUGGGACUUCAGGAGAAGGAGGUGAAGUGCACAGAGGAUGUCCUGAAACUCAUAGAAGUGGGAAACAGCUGCAGAACAUCGGGGCAGACGUCGGCCAACGCUCACUCAUCUCGCAGCCACGCUGUAUUCCAGAUCAUUCUCCGGAGGAAGGGGAAGAUGCACGGCAAGUUCUCCCUCAUCGACCUCGCGGGGAACGAGAGAGGGGCUGAUACAUCGAGUGCCGACCGUCAGACUCGUCUGGAGGGAGCGGAGAUCAACAAAAGCCUGUUGGCCCUGAAGGAGUGUAUCAGGGCUCUCGGACGUAACAAGCCCCACACUCCAUUCAGAGCCAGCAAGCUGACCCAGGUCCUGAGAGACUCCUUCAUUGGGGAAAACUCACGCACAUGCAUGAUUGCAACAAUCUCUCCUGGUAUGACGUCCUGCGAGAAUACACUUAACACACUACGCUACGCCAACAGAGUGAAGGAGUUUGGGAUUAGUCCGUCGGACAUCCCCUUCUCCCAGGGCGGUCAGGGGAGUCGCCCUGACCACUCGCCCACCAAUACCUUUGAGUAUGAUGACUUUGCUGCUACUUCUCCCAGCAGGGUGAAGGAGCUGACAGUGGAUCCCAACCAAGUCAUGGAGGGGGGUCGACCCAACAUCCACGCUGUCAACCAGCUGGACCUUUUAGACGAAGAGUGGCUGAGUAUCUCGCCGCAGAGAGACGACCUCAAACUGCUCUGUGAGCAGAAUGAGGAGGAAGUGUCUCCCCAGCUCUUUACCUUCCAUGAAGCAGUGUCUCAGUUAGUAGAGAUGGAAGAGCAGGUCCUGGAGGACCACCGAGCCGUCUUCCAGGAGUCCAUUCGAUGGCUGGAGGAUGAAAAGGUGCUGCUAGAGAUGACAGAGGAGGUGGAUUAUGACGUGGAGUCGUACGCCACUCAACUGGAGCAGAUCCUAGACCAGAAGAUAGAAAUCCUCACUGAGCUCCGAGAUAAAGUGAAGUCAUUCCGCUCUGCACUCCAGGAGGAGGAGCAAGCCAGUAAGCAGAUCAAUCCCAAGAGGCCACGCGCUCUUUAGAGACUGGAGGCUGAAGAGGUUGAAGUGGCACAUACAGAAACAUAACCACUAGAUGUUUGGCACAACUCAGGCUGUCGAGAGCAGCUGUGAAAACACGAAUAAAAAGGACUGUCUGGUGUAUCAACAGGCUCAAGGAAUUGCAUUUGUUAUGAUCCCUCUCCUAACAAAACUGGCUGUUCACUCACUAUGGUCUUGUUAGAAAACUUGGGAAGGAAAAUAGUUUUCUUUCCUUCCCUUUUAGUAGUUUUUUUUUUUUUCAUGGAGAAUGUUUUAGUUUCCUCUCCCUGUUCUUCUUAAAUUAUUUUCUUUUAUACCUGUUUGUACUUUCUUUAAACAGAAUAUUUUUGACCUGGCUUAAGAAGAGAUCUUCAUUGAACACGUUUUAAGGUUUACCGCACAAAACCAGUAUUUAAUUUCUGGUCGCUCUGGCUGACAUGUCUGCAUGUGCACUCUGUGAUAGCGUAUGUAUGCCACUUUCCUCUGUUUUCAUGCUUUCGAGUCCUCAGUUGGCACUGUAAAGUCAUAUGUCAUUAUAAACGAUCUCUUCUCUCUUUUUCUUCCUUCUCAGAGUCUCUAACAGUUUGGGAGAAGCCUUUAACUGCAGUUGAGCUUCUUCCUUUUGUGUCUCUUUCCUUGUGUCCCUGAGAGGUUUUUUUUACAUGUAGUUGCUUCAGUUGCUUCAGUUUGUGUCAUUGCAUUCUAUGUGGCAACUGACUUAAAAAUUCUUACUUAGUGUAAAACAUGUUUUCCACCCGUUUAACACUUUGUUAUAAAAAUGAAACUAGAAAAACCUGCUAUUAAUAAAUGUAUAGUGAAGACCCCUGACUUACCAUCGGUUAUGUUGCUCAGUGUUUGCAUCGGAUGUAAUGCUGGAUGAAGUAAUAAAAAUUCAUGUGUUUCAUUUGAA